CAGAACGCUAAUUAUCAAAGGCGCAUUACGUCCGAUCCAAAAACAUCACGCCUUCGUGAAGGAAGAAACGUAUGAGUCGUCUUCUCCGACAAGCUCUGAAAAAUUGAGCCGGUUUCCCCUCCUUCAAGCAGCUGAACGAAUUAGUGCAGUGCACAAAACCCUAAUCACUCUCCAGAAACUCUCUACCUUUCAAUCUCUCUCUCAAGAUGAAGCCUAGAAUCGUUACGAUGAGGCCUCUUUACUUUGCUGGAAGAGCUCGAGCUGCCAAUAACCUUUGGCAACAGCGUCGCCAUUUCAAUACUUUUUUCCGCAAGGUACAAUCCUCUUCGGCGCGUGCUUCGAUCAUUGGCGGCCCCGGCGGUAGUAGUAGUAGUGGCAGCUCUCAAGGUAAUGAUUUGUUCAUUCCUGGUGCAACCAUCGCUACUAUCCUUAUGCUUGGAACUCUGCACGCUCGUCGACUCUAUCAUGAUAAGAAGGUAGUUUUGAUCCUGUCAAAAUUCGAGACCUCGAAGUUUCUGAAUUUGAAAUAUUUAAACCAUAGUAACUUACCUUUUGUAUAUGAUGUGGAUCAUGCUUAUUGUUCACAGUUUGACGCUAUAGAUCAUUUUCUGCCUUUGUAUGCUGUCAAAACACAUGUUCUCAUUGAGGUUUGAAUAGACUGAUUCUACCUAUAACUUAUUGUUUCACUGCUGUUGGUUUUUAUUGUAGAUAGAGGAGGCCAGAGAGAAAGGAAUUGAAUUGGAGUUCCAGCCUGAUGUAAAGGCCACAUUCUUGAGAUUUCUACCACUUCGUUCCAUGUCAAGGUGUUGGGGAUAUCUAACCAGUCUAGAAUAUCCCAUAUGGAUGCGGCCACAUGUUUACAGAGCUUGGGCUCGGGCAUUCCAUUCAAACUUAGAAGAAGCAGCUUUGCCUUUGGAAGAAUAUGCAUCUUUGAGGGAUUUCUUUGUUCGCAAGUUGAAAGAAGGGUCCAGGCCUAUUGAAUUAGACCCACAUUGUCUGAUUAGUCCGGUUGAUGGAACUGUUCUAAGAUUUGGAGAGCUGAAACCUGGGGCUAUGAUUGAGCAAGUUAAAGGUUUCUCUUAUUCAGUUUCUUCCCUUCUUGGAGCAAGACAGUUCCUUCCUGCUGCAAAUGAACAGAACAUUGAACCAGAGAAUGGUGGAGAAGAGCACUCUAAGGAGGCUGCUCAAAAAUCAUAUUUGAGUGUUUCUUUAGCUUCUCCUAGAGUUAGAGAUGAAGAACCAGCUAGCUCUUUGAAGGGCCUAUUUUACUGUGUAAUUUACUUGAAACCUGGAGACUACCAUCGGAUACACUCUCCAGUUGAUUGGAAUGUUCAUGUUCGUCGACAUUUUUCGGGUCGACUUUUUCCCGUGAACGAACGUGCCGCAAGGACUAUCAGAAAUCUAUAUGUUGAAAAUGAAAGGGUGGUGCUUGAAGGUCAUUGGAAAGAAGGAUAUCUGGCAAUGGCAGCCAUUGGUGCAACAAACAUCGGUUCAAUUGAGCUUUUCAUUGAACCAACACUACGUACCAAUAGGCCCAUAAAGGGGUUUCUUCUGUCUGCACCUCCUGAAGAAAAGACUUAUGGCCCUGAAGGGACUGGAAUUACGCUUAAGAAAGGAGAUGAGGUAGCGGCUUUCAACAUGGGAUCAACUGUUGUACUGAUCUUCCAAGCUCCUACUUCAUCUACAAAUGACAGUUUGCCUUCUAAAUUUAGAUUCUCGGUUAAAAGAGGGGACAGAAUCCGAAUGGGUGAAGUGCUUGGUAGACUGGAAAAUGUAUAGGCAAGCAAGCUGAAGAAUCUGUAGGGUUCUAAAGGAAUAGACCUAAUUGUCAAUUGAAAAUAUAGAGGAACAAGUUAUGAGUGUUACAUUGGCUAGUUUUACAGUCUUUUACCUGGAGAAACAACUUCCUUUUAUUAAUCAAAGCAAAUUCUUUUAGUUGAAAUAUUCCUCUUUAUUGUCAGAAUCGAAACAAUUUUUAUCAUCUUUCAACGGUAGUUACUAUUGUACCAUUUGGGGUUUUCUAUUUUAGGAUCAAAAAUUGCAAUUAGAAAAACAGUAAAAUGUAAAAUCACUUGGUCAGGUUUGACCUUGCAAUAGUGCAAUAUGGACUCGAAGUACAAGUGC